AUGUCGGAUAGCAAAAGAUGCCUCACAUCCCACAACUGCCCCAUAACGGACCAUUGCGACAUGCAAAGCAAGAAAUGCGUCCGCAAUUCGAAGCCUGGCAGUCCAUGUAAACGCUUUGUGAGGGCGCAUACAUGUGGGGAUGGCAUGCGAUGCAAUUCUAUUUCUUCCAGAUGUGUGUCGGACAAGGAGCCGAUGUGGCUGCUCUCAAUGCUCGGGUUUGCCUCAUAUAACGGAUAUGGGUCCAGUGGCUGUGGACGAGGCGAUCUUAAAGCCUCUUCCGAGGCUUUACUCAAUGGGUGUCAUUCAAUGUCAUGCCAUUCCUCGCUUGAUUGUGCUGCUAAUGAAUUUUGUGGAAUUUUUGUUGAUGAAAACGGAAAAGAGCUCCCUUUUAAUCCUAGCCCUCAAUCUGAUGGAGAAUAUCUGUCUGUUGUGGCGGUGGGCAAUGAAGCAACUGAGCGCCGAUAUUCCAUGGUCAAUGGGUUCUGCAUUCCCAGAAGAUCGCUGAACCAGUAUUGCACCUCAAGCGCGAUGUGUGCCGAGGGGCUUGGAUGUGAUUUAGAGUCCUCUUUGAAGUGUCGCAUCCAUUGCUACUCACAGCAAGAUUGCUCCAGCUCUUCGCUCCUCGAAGCCUUUCCGGGCAUAUUCAACGCGUCGAACCGGCAGUUCCUUACAAACGGGCAAUGUUUACCGCUCGACGGUUCGUUUGAGAAUCCUGGCUUUUGUGCGGGUUUCAUCAAAUCUUCAGAUCUCAUGCAUUCGAACUCAAAUUUAUCGGCCACAUCUCCUCUUUCCGAUAAUAUCCAUGGAAAGUACUUUUUGAAUUUACACCCGUAUUACAUUCUAUUUGGCUCGCUAUUCAUAUUGGCCAUCGUGGUAUUGUCCUCUAUUUGGUGUUGUGGAAACAACCGCGAGGCUAGUCGGAUCGAAAAGAUCCGAAGGCAGCAGAAGCGCUUUGUCAGACUUGCUAGAUCUGGGGCCGCUCCAUCAUCAAAUCUUUUUACCUCGCCAUUUAGAGAUGACCAAUACCAGCCGCCCUCCGCAUCGUAUCCCUGGAAUAAUCCUUCCCGGAAUUAA